GCUUGAUCUCGCCCGCCGCGAGCGCGAGAGAGGAGAUCACAGGCAGCCAUGAGGUCGACGGCAGUCGCCUCCAUCCCCACUUUCAUGGACACUCUAAAACUUGGGCAAAAUUGUAUGCAACAACGACACCGUCCUCCGACUACGAUCGCCGUAACUCUUCUUAGAUUCACGCGGCCCAAAAGGAUGCUGAUGCACCACCGUUAAAUCAUCUCCGACGGUUCGCGCGCGUUCCCGUCAAAACGACUUCAAUUCUUUGCGUUCGCCGUCGGGACGCCUAAUCCGCUCUUCGUUCGUGCCUCGACAGUGUGUUUAUUGUUGUGUCCCAUGUGCUACAAAUUUUUUUAAAAAAUAGUGCUCUACUAUUAAAAGUGACACUUGUGAUAACCCAUGAUACCCCUGCGAAAUGGCUAUCAACUUUUCGGCAUCAUUUGCCGCCUGUCUGGCAGCAGGGCUCAAAGUGCCUCGCCAGAUAAUGUACUGCAUUUCUCAAGAUACAGCUGCUCCCUACGUACUGUAUAAAGAUGGUAUGGAUAGAGCACAAAGCCAAUGGGGUCACCAAGAUGCGUAUCCGCCUCUACAACAAUCGUCGGCAACUGGAGCAGGUAGUCCUCAACAGGUUCUUGGUCCGACUGUUCCAUUGGGUGUCGAAGCUGAUACAGUACCACCUCGAGACCAAAGUCUUCCUUCACCAGCUCCUUCGCCAUACCCCGCCACCCAAGCUGAACAAAGAGAAGAGGAAAUUCAACCAGAACAACCUACAUUGGAUAUGGAACCAAGACCCGCUUCGCAAUGUUUUUCAACGGAUUUACAACAACAACAGCAGCAACAGGCGUACCAACAAUACGCUAGAGCUCCUCCACCAGCUGCACCACCUCCUGUACCACCCCAUAUGCUCGGAGCGGGUAGUUUUUCUGCUUUACAGUAUCUUAAGCAACCAGGUGUGAUGUUAACGAGUUUAGGAGCGGAUACGAACGGACAACUAGAUCAAUACACAUCAAAUAUGCAAGAUUUGAGAACGGCUACCUUACCCGAUGUGAUACAACAACAACACGCUGGACUGAAGAAGACACCAAACGCACUGAAUGGAGAAUUGAGAUUGUUCAAAUGCCUAACAUGUGGAAAAGACUUUAAACAAAAAUCGACGCUACUACAACAUGAAAGGAUCCAUACUGACAGCAGGCCUUAUGGUUGCCCUGAGUGCGGAAAGAGGUUCCGGCAACAGAGUCAUCUGACACAACAUCUGAGGAUUCACGCCAACGAGAAACCAUAUGCUUGCGUUUACUGCGAAAGGACGUUUCGUCAGAGGGCUAUACUCAAUCAGCAUCUGCGUAUCCAUUCCGGUGAGAAGCCCUAUGAGUGCCCGGAGUGCGGGAAACACUUCCGGCAGAAGGCUAUCCUCAACCAGCACGUCCGCACACACCAAGAUGUAAGUCCUCAUUUGGUAUUCAAAAAUGGUAUACACCCUACCCUCUGGCCGCAAGACGUACCUUUCCCAGCAGACGAAGGAAAAGAAGAAGUCCAAUCAACUUACGGUGACGGCGACAAUUCAGAUCGAGCAUCAUGUUUUUCACCCAAUGGAAUAGCAGCGAAUUUACAGUACCCCGCUUAUUUCAAAGAUGCCAAAGGUAUGAACCACGCCGUAUUCGGAGGAGGCACCAAUUUCGGUACAUUACAAUACCUCAAGCAGCAACAACCAGGUAAAGGAUUACCAGACGUGAUACAGCACGGGAGAUCAGCGGGUAUGCCGCUAUACGUACGCUGUCCUAUUUGCCAAAAAGAAUUCAAACAAAAGUCGACUUUAUUACAACAUGGGUGUAUACAUAUUGAGUCUCGACCGUAUCCUUGUCCAGAAUGCGGGAAAAGAUUCAGACAGCAAUCCCAUCUCACCCAACACCUGAGAAUACAUACUAACGAAAAACCAUACGGCUGUGUUUAUUGCGGUAGAAAUUUCAGACAAAGAACUAUACUCAAUCAACAUUUGAGAAUACAUACCGGAGAGAAACCGUACAAAUGUGCUCAAUGCGGGAAAGAUUUUCGACAAAAAGCUAUUCUAGAUCAACAUACCAGAACGCAUCAAGGCGAUAGACCGUUCUGUUGUCCGAUGCCGAACUGUCGAAGACGUUUCGCCACUGAGCCCGAAGUGAAAAAACACAUUGAUAACCAUAUGAAUCCGCACGCAGCCAAAACACGUCGAGAUUCCACUGGGUCGGAUGGGAAGUUACCCGGAAAUGGUAUGUUACCGAGAGGUUUAACUCCAACAACCGUCGUUAAGCCGGAAUUAUAUUUUCCGCAAUGCUACGCGCCUAGUUUCAAUCCCCCUAAUGGCGUAUCACAAUUCCAAACGCCAAAUGCGGAAUUCAAACCGCCCAAUCCACUUCCGGCUCAGUGACUAACGGCCAGCUGGCAAUUAGGCCCAUGCAUUGGGUGACCUUUUGCCGGUUUGCAAACUUCUCAUACUCACCCAAUUGUUUUAAGGACUACUUAUUAAUUUAAGUUGUAUUUAUUGGUGAUAUUUUUUCGAAAAAAAUAUCUGAGAGAUAUUUUCUGCUGAGUGAUUAUCACAUGGUGCUGUAAAAACCUGUUGGUCGCUUGUAACCUGCGGAUUUAACAGACACGUUCGAAAAAUACUAGAUGCUUAUUCUCGACAGAUACGCUGUUUUUUAAUACGCAUAAUAAACGACACAGAAACGAGGCGUAUGGGGGAGCUUAAAAUAUGACGUUCGGGGAAAUUCACCUCUAUACCAUCUUACAUUCCUGAGAAGGAAGGGCCACAAAAUUUCUAAAAAAAUGUUUAUAUUUAGUACACUAUUUGAGACUGUUAAGGGCAUUAAGUAAUGAUAAGUAUAAGGCUCUGGAACCAUGCUGGGGGUUAAUUAGAGGCGACCUAAACUUAAAGUUUUCACACAAGCUUACAAGUCAAGAGUUGGCUUUGAAUUUAUAGUCAAAAUUGACAAUUUGCACAAUCAUUUGAACAAGCCAUUCUCGAUUAACGAUAUAAAACGUUCCCGUCGUCGAGCAUGUAUAUAUAGCACAAAUAAAAAGUUUCUAUGAAAUUUUUAGGUUAGGUCACCCCUAAUGAACCCCCCGGAAUGGUUUGAACAUCUUCUACUUAUCUAAACUUGAAGCCCUCAACGAUGUUAUAUAGUGUACCAAAUUUGAUAUUUUUAUAUUAAUGCUUUUUAGAAAUAUUGAGCUCUACUUCGAAGCCUUACCACACCACAGCGAUGCAACUUGGUAUAGAGGAGAAUUACCUCCAAUCUUCAUAUUUUGGGCUGCCCUUUAUGCCUUGGCUCUGUAUUGGUUCUUACGCGGGAUGCCCUAUAUAUUUUGACGCAUUUUUCAAAAUUGAUUUCUUAAUUUGAAAUCAAAAAUAAUAAACUUUAUCAUCUCCAAUUAUUCACCGUGACACAAAUAUUUCUAAAUAUUUGGAUUCAAUUGGAAUUAUUUGUAUCUCUUAGCUUCUAUUAUCGUUAUCAUCUUCAGAGCUGUAAUUUCCGACCUCUGAAGACGAAUUGUUUAUGUUGUAAAUACUUCAGUAUGAAUAUCAGUGUAGGCUGAAUAUGAUUGUUAUUGUUUUAUAUAAGAAACGAAUGUUUGUUGUAUGUUUAUUCAUUUUGUGAGCGUUUACUUGACUGAAAGCAAUAACAAUAAGAUCCUACUGGAAGAUUGUCUUCAAAUUAAAUGGGUAUACGCAUUAUCCGGUUUAUAGUAUUUUACUUGGACUACCUUGUACCUGUAUGGAUCUGGAACUUUUUUCCACAAUACAAUAAACACAAAAUAUAUCUUUCGAUAUGUGUGUUCAGGGAUGAAAUACUGAAAAAUUCAAUGGGGUAAAUGGUAUUUAAAUGAAAAAUCAUUUACCCACAUUCCUAACUAAAUAAUAAACUGUUAUAAGCCGAAAAUUACUAAGAGGAUAUUGUCAAGUAUUGUCAGUUCUUACUGUUGUUAAUAAUAUUGACAAUUGAUGGAAACAUUGGAUAAUAAUUUUUAUAUGAGUAGAUCGUGCUACAAACAUUACUGUUUACUACUAUUACUUCUUUUUCUGGAAAUCUAUGUUAUCCAUGACUUGAACUGUCUCUUUGCUUUAUUCCUUCUGUCACGAGAAAUUCUUCUGAUCCUAUUUAUUCUAUGUCUAUUAAGCAUUUUACUCUCUCUCUCUCUCUCUGUCUCUCUCUCUCUUUCUCUCUCUCGCUCUCUCUUUAUUCUCUUUAUUAUACUAGUUUCCGUUUCCUCUUUCUUUUAUGUUAAAAGCAGCACUCAAAUUUAUUUAUGUUUGGUAUAUAUUCUUCCUGGAUUAUCCUUUUUUUUAGUAAAAAUAUAGUGAAUCAAAUUGAAGGCAAAGCGACUCCCUUACAUACAGGAAGUAAUCUACGCGGCUAUCCUUCAAACUUGUUUUAAACAUUCUGCUACGGACUCUAACUAUUUACGGGUAAUGUUAAUGUUUUUUCGGUAUGUUUCCUCGAUUUUUCACCUAUUCUCCUCAGCUAUUUUCUAUUUUGCCCAUCGAUUGUAUCAUUUCCAAGAUUAUUUCAUCUUCUCCGCAACCAUUCCUGUUCUAAUUUUAUUUAUAAUAUUUUUUAACUGCCCCUGUGAUUAUUUGUGGAUGGGAUAUAUGGUUUUAUCUACAUAUUACAUAGUCAAUAGAUUAUUGAGGGAAGGAUAAUCUAAGAAAACAGCUAAUCUACGCCAAAAUGGUGGUCGUGGGGUAAACAAUCGACCCGUGUUAACUUUUCUUGGCUUUUUUUCGGUGGUGAGGAUUUUUUGUAUUCUUUUCCUUUUAUUUUAUGAUGUUAAGAGUACUUCAUAGAUACUUUUUAUAUCUAUUUCAGUUAUCUGUAUUUCAGCAUUUGUUUUCAGUCAGUCUGCAAGUAAACUUUCAAGCAAUUUACAAAAUUCAGAACACUUGGUUGGUUUAGGAAAUUAACUUCCACAAUUUGGAAUUUUUAAGGCUGCAUAGUGAUAGAGUAGCAACUUAAAAGUAUACAAGGACAAACUUAAAGCUUCAGGUGCAGUGAAGCCUUUUUUAUUAGAUGAAAAGAGCUUUAAUCAGAAUCCUGCUCAUUUUCAAUCAGUUUCCAAUAUAUUUGCUUUUCAGACUAUAUUUACUGCUUACCUAUACUAAGCAUAACGCUGCGUAGUCCAAAAAAAAAAACAAAGCCACGUUUCCCUUGGAGCACAACCUCCUCCGAUUACAAAAA